UUAAUCAGACUGAUGGAGACCAAUCGCCGGGCGAAACGCAUCCCGUCCGGCGACAUGUUCUCGUUCCCGGUCAUAAACCAGGACGAGUUCGAAUUCGGGAGCGUGGCAUCCCCCGCGUCCCCGAACUCCCCGGCCGACCGCCUCUUCGCCAACGGGAAGCUUCUCCCGCACGCGUUCCCCGCGCAAGCGGGAAACGCCUUCUCCUACUCGUACUCGCGGUCGACCAGCCGCGCGAGUAGCAAGGACUACUCGUCGGUGAUGUCGUCGCGGAGCAACAGCACCAACAGCAGGACCAGCACCAGCAGCAGCGCCCGCACGAGCACGAGCGAGGCCUCGGAGAGGCGGCCGCUGCGGGCUCGUGACCAUCACUACUAUGGCGGCGGCGGCGCCGUCGGGAGGAGAGAGAGGGCUGUUAGGUCGCCGGUGGUGAUGAGCUGUCAGUAUCAGUAUGGGGCGUCGCGGCGGUGGCAGCUGAUCGCGGCGGCACCGGCGCUGAAGCAGCGGGGAUCGUCGUCGUCGUCAGGGCCGAGGAGGGCGAGUGAUCAGAGCGGCGCCGUUGCUGAUCGGAAAGGGGCGAAGAAAGCGAAAUCAAACUGGUUUAAGCGGUUUGUGAAUGCAUGCCAAGAGUGCCAUGCGAUUAAAACAUGA